GAUAUUUUUUCAUUUAGAGUGUGAUCGUAGCUCAGAAAAAACGAUCAAUUUAGUGGUUUUUUUGGGACAGACAGUAACCUUUAUAAGAAGCAACUAAAAUGUUGCGCACGUUGUUCAUGAUAGCUGUGGUAGCAUGUCUAGCCAAAAUCAGCAUUUGUCGCUAUACCAUUGUUGGUCCAUCAUACAUUCAAUCGGAUUCAACUUAUUCCGUGUCUAUAUUAUCCGAGAAUGAUCUUCCAAUGUCAGUUUCACUCGAAAUUCAAAAUGAUAAAGGUUUUUCCACUUCGGAAUCCGUUACAGUACAACCUCAAUCCAGUGCUAUAGUGAACUUUAUUUUGGGGUCACUCGAUGCAGGUCAAUACAAAAUCAUCGCCACUGGCCAAAAUUUCGUAAAUGAAACGGAAGCUGUACUAACUUUCCAAACGAAAACUAUAUCAGUUUUUAUCCAAACCGACAAGGCAAUGUACAAGCCUGGUGAUAAAGUUAAAUUCCGAAUCAUUAUUGUCGAUAAAGACUUAAAUCCGGCUUCAAUCAAAAAUAUGGACAUUUACAUCACCGAUGGCAACCAAAAUCGAAUCGAGCAAUGGCUUGGUGCAUCUAUAUCUAUGGGUGUAUAUGUGGGUGAGCUUCAAUUGGGUACGACACCUUGUCUCGGUAAUUGGAAAAUAAAUGUCGAUGUGGACAACGAGUCAUCAGUGAAAGAAUUCGAAGUCGCCGAGUAUGUUCUACCCAAAUUUGAAGUAACCGUCACAGCUCCGAAAGACGCUACUUAUUCAGAUGGUACACUGAGAAUAACAGCAAAAGUCCUUUACACAUAUGGCCAACCCGUGAAAGGUGUGGCUCAAGUCACUGUUUCUCGUAACAAUUACUGGGAUCCAACGCCACAACCUGCAAUUGCUCAGAAACAAAUUGAUAUUGACGGAACUGCCACGGCCGAAUUCCAAAUCGUUUCGGAAUUGAAACUUAGUCCAGAUAAUUGGCAAGACGAUUUAAAAGUAACGGUUUCGGUCACAGAAGCCCUAACAGGAGUUGUAUUGGAAGGCUCGACCACAGCAACGAUUCGGAAAAGUAAAUUUACCGUCAACAAUCUCAACAACGACAACAGCUAUGUGCCAGGACCUUACACGUUGUCUCUCCAAUUUUCUUACUUCGAUGGAAGUCCAUACUUGGAUGAUAUCAAUACCAUACAGGUCAGCUAUAGCAACAAUUGGGACAAAACUGGUUUAGUUGAUCUCGGAACGGGUAAAAUUGGUGCUAACGGAGUAGCUAAUAUUGCAUUAAAUUUGCCGGACAUAGAAAAUGGAUUCUACAUUUUCAUUAAAUACCUUGACUACUUCGAAAGUGUUGGAUACUACCAGAAAGCACAGCCUUCGCAACCAACAACAGACGACCGUUCCCUUACCGUCCAGCUCCUCUCGAAAGACACUAAAAUUGAUGACACAAUCUCCGUCGAAGUGUCCUCUGCAAAUACUCUAUCGUCAGUCUACUAUCUCUUGUCAGCACGUGGAAACUUACUUCUCUCGCAAACGGUACAGGUGGCCAACCAAACGAGUGUCGUUAUAACAUUCCAAGCAUCUUUUGCUAUGGUACCCACAGCCCAAUUCGUUGCCUACUAUAUAUCAUCUGCGGGCGACAUUAUCGCAGGCAGAACCGAAAUAACAGUGAAUGGUUUGAACAAUUUUGUAACGAUUGAGACGUCAGACUCUGAGAAGCAACCAGGCGAAAAUGUUGGAAUUACAAUCUCGACCAAACCGUCAUCUUUUGUUUGCUUACUUGCUGUCGAUCAGAGUGUCAUCCUAUUGAAAUCAGGCAAUGACAUUCAACAAUCUGAGGCACGGACUGAGUUGGGCAAGUAUAAUACGGUUAGCUACGAUGACGGUCCAAUAUUUGGCGGUGGUCCCAUUUUCGGAGGUCCUGUCUUAAUGGCUGAACCUGUAGCACUGGAAGCUGUAGACGUAGCACCAGAAGAAGCUCCGCCUGCAGAAUCACGAAAGAAAAGAUCUAUUUGGUGGCCAGGUGGUGGAGGAAGCCGACAAAAUUUUGGCGCCGCAGGACUUGUCGUUAUUGCAACAGAUUGCAACCCAGAUCCACCAAUCUAUUACCCAUGGUUUGAUAUGCCUAUGGCAGCUAUGGCAGGAGGGGCUGCUCCAGUUCCAGAAAUGGCAAUGGCAUCAGGAGCACCAUCACCUGCGUCACCUGCAGUUCGAAAAUAUUUUCCAGAGACAUGGAUUUGGGAAUGUUCCAAUUCUGGUUCUGGAAGCAUAACUCGUAACGAAAAGGCACCGGACACUAUAACUUCAUGGUAUUUGACUGGAUUUGCGACUAACAACCAAUAUGGUCUUGGCAUAACGGAAGACAAAACCGUGUUCAAAGUAUUCAAGAAUUUCUUCAUUUCUCUAAAUUUACCUUACUCCGUUAAACGAGGCGAAGCUGUCCUAUUGCAAAUCGUUAUUUUCAACUAUCUACCGCAAAAGGUUACCACCAAAGUAACGCUGGAUAAUUCGUUGCAACAAUUCGAAUUCGUUGAUCCAGAAAGACAAGCAUAUAGAGAUAAAGGAUGUCCAUUACCAAUCGAAAAGUCUCGCUCAAAGAAGAUUACUGUUAACUCAAACGACGGCGUAUCUCUCUCAUUUUUGGUGACCCCAUUGACUAUUGGAGAGAUGUUAGUCAAAGUGACCGCAAUAUCAGAUUUAGCUGGCGAUGCCAUCGAAUAUCCAUUGCUUGUGGUAGCCGAAGGCGUCACACAAUACAAAAACAAAGCUCAAUUUGUUGAUCUUAGAAGCUCCAACAAAUUCACCGCUGACUUAACGGUCGAUAUACCGAAGAAUGUUGUUCCAGACUCUACUCAAGUGGAAGUUUCAGCAAUCGGCGAUGUCUUGGGCACAGCUCUGCAGAACAUUGACAGUCUCAUCCAAAUGCCAUCAGGCUGUGGAGAACAGACAAUGUUAGGUCUAGCUCCAGAUGUUGUGAUUUACUAUUAUUUGGAGAAGGCCGGUCUCUUGACUGCUGCAUUAAAACUGAAAUUGCUGAAUUACAUGAAUCAGGGCAUUCAAAAUGAGUUAAGCUACGCACACAGUGACCAUUCCUUCAGCGCUUUUGGAAAUUCCGAUAAAUCUGGAAGCUCGUGGUUGACUGCCUUUGUUUGCAGAAUCUUUAUACAGGCCAAACAGUUCACUGCAGUCGACGAUAACGUAAUAACAAAUGCCUUAACAUGGCUAGCAGGUCAACAACAACCAGAUGGUCGAUUCAAUGAGCCGGGUAAUGUCUGCCAUACGGAUAUGCAGGGCGAAGCAGCAAAAGGAGUAGCACUGACGGCAUACAUUAUCGUCACGUUCGUAACAGAUCCAAAAUAUGCUGCACAGUAUGCUGAUGUAAUUGAGAAAGGUUUGGACUACGUCUAUGAGACACUUCAAACAUUGGACGAUGUGUAUUCGUUAUCAAUUGCGGCCUACGCGGCUCAGUUAGCUAACUACGAACAUAAGGAUGUUCUUUUACAGAAAUUAGAUUCGCUUGCCAAGGUUCAAGGCGACCAGCGAUGGUGGGAAAAGGUCCAGUUGGUCACUCCAACCGAUCCGUGGAACAGUCCACCAUCCGUUAAUGUUGAAAUCAGUGGCUAUUCUCUUCUGGCAUACAUUGCCGCUAAUCGAACACUAGAUGGCUUACCUAUAACGAAAUGGAUAAUCGCUCAGCAAAGUGCAACAGGUGGCUUCAAAUCAACGCAGGAUACUGUGGUUGGAAUCACUGCCUUAGCAACUUUUGCUGGUCAAAUUUCUGGCUCGAAUGCCGUCUCUUGUACAUUUACAUAUGCUACGAAAUCGUCAACCCUCAACAUUGAUAAGACCAAUUCACUUGUACUACAAUCAGUAGCACUACCAAGUACUACAAAGUCAGUGAAGGUGUCUUGCACCGGAAGCGGAUUUUCAUUGGUCCAAUUGAGCUAUCAAUUCAAUUUGAAUGAUGCAGAAGCAUCACCAAGAUUCACCCUAACUGUUGACGUUGACAAAAAGUCGAAUGACUACAGCUUGAUCUUGAACGUAUGCACAAAGUUCAUUGCCGGACCUGAUGGAGACACAACGAAUAUGGCCAUAGUUCAGGCAGAGCUUCCAACCGGUUUUACAGCAGAUUUGGAGACGACUAAACUUGGAUUGGCAGCGGUGAAGGGUUUCAAGAGGGUGGAAACGAAGAAGGGAAACACACUCAUUGUCGUCUAUCUUGACAAUCUAUCCACCACGGAAUUAUGUUUGCAAGUAGUAGCAUAUAGACUGUGCCAAGUAGCUGGACAGAAACCGAGUGCUGUAACUGUACAAGACUAUUACCGUCCAGAUCGCCAAAAAACCACAUUCUAUUCUCUUGCUCCGAAGACGGUUUGUUCCCUUUGCGACACCGACGAAUGUAAGGCAUCUUGCAGUAAACCGAAGGAAGUUAAGUGUCCGAGAAAACCGAUUCAAGAAAUUUGUCAAGGCUCCCAGAAAGUUUUCGUUGCUCUACAAGAAUGGUUGAGAAAAAUCAUCGCAAGAUUCUGCUAAAUUUUGUUAAAUGUUUUUGUUUGCAGAACUCCUGAGUACAAUGUACAGAGAUGCAAUGACCGUUGUAAAUUGAUGUCAAUAAAGUAAAACUGGCUAUAACGUCA